AUGUUGCAUUUAGAGAAGAGAGGAUUCAUUGAAAACACUCAAAGGACACAAGAAGAAAAUGAUGGGAUUGAGAAUAAAACUUCGUCUACGCUAGUAGAAUCAGAGAUUGUGGCAAAUUUUGCCAAAAGAGAGCAUAAAAGCUAUCAUGUUCUGCUAGCUACGACACUACUUAAGGCUCAGUCAAAUAAUGGUAACUUAUUUAUGGUACGAGCAUUGUUAGAUCAAGGCUCGCAAGCGUCAUUUGUAACUGAAGCAACUGUUCAGUUACUCGGUCUUAAACGUACAUCUGUUAAUGGUUUGGUAUCAGGUCUGGGAGAUGGUCAAAUGCAUAUUAAACAUGUUGUAACAUUAUGUUUAAAAUCGCGUCAUAACUCAGAAUUUUCUAUUAAUGUUAAGGCUUAUGUAUUAACUUCACUUACGUCUAUGCUUCCAUGUGUGAAAUUAGAUGCUCCGAAUUGGCUCGAACUCGAGAAUGUAGAAUUAGCGGACCCAGGUUAUGCAACACCAGGUAAGAUUGAUGUUUUAUUAGGGGCAGAAGUUUAUGCUGAGAUUUUAUUAACAGGUAUGAUGAAACAACCCAAGGGAAAUUUAAUAGCGCAGAAUACGGCCUUUGGUUGGGUUUUAUCGGGUAAGGUAUCUGAUUCACUUUCAGAUAAAUACAAGGCUAAAAGUUUUCAUUUACAGGUUAGAACUGACGAUGAUUUUUUGAAGCGUUUUUGGGAACUAGAAGCUGAGCCAGAUAUGAUUGUUAAGAAAUUUACAAGAGAGGAACAAUUGUGUGAAGAGCUGUAUGAAAAAUCAACUGUACGAAAUCGAGGUGGAAGGUAUGUUGUUACAUUGCCAUUUAAAAAUAAGGAUCCUGAGUGCCAGUAUGGAGAAUCUAUAGAUAUAGCUAAGAAUAGAUUAGUCGCUUUAGAAAGAAGGCUUAAGAAUAAUCCUAAAUUAUAUGAGGAAUAUAGACGAGUAGUAGAAGAGUACUUAGUUCUUAAUCAUAUGUCUUUAGUCGAAGAAGACGAUUUAGAUAAUCCAACGGCUGUCUAUCUUCCGCAUCAUGCUGUUGUACGGGAGGAUAAAGAUACGACAAAGGUUCGUGUAGUUUUUAAUGCUUCUAGUAAGGGAACAAAUAAUGUGUCAUUAAAUGAUGAUCUUAUGAUUGGACCAAAAAUCCAACAAGAUCUCAGACAUAUAUUAAUGAGGUGGAGAACCCAUCCCAUUUGUAUAGUGGCUGAUCUUGUCAAAAUGUACCGUCAAGUACUUAUUAAUCCAAGACAGACAAAUUUUCAGAGAAUUUUAUGGAGAACUUUACCGGAUCAACCAAUUAAACAUUUUAAAUUGCUCACUCUAACAUUUGGAACCGCGUGUGCACCAUAUCUUGCUGUUAAAACUUUACAACGUUUGGCAGAAGAUGAGAAACUUAAAUUUCCAGUAGCAUCAGAAAUUACUAAAAAUGAUUAUUAUAUUGAUGAUCUAAUGACAGGUUGUGAUACAUUACAAGAAGCUAAAAUUAUUUACAAUGAAAUGAAUAAAUUAAUGAAAUCUGGAGGAUUUACACUUCAAAAAUGGAGCUCUAAUUGUAAGGAAUUAUUAAAGUAUAUUGGAGAAGAUAAUAAAGAAAAAGAAGAAUCUAUGCUAAUUAAGGUUGAUAAUAUGGUAAAAGUUUUAGGAAUUUCAUGGAAUCGUAGUUCAGAUAGAUUUGUUUAUUCAAUCAAUUUACCGGAGAUAAAAUUUCCAAUCACGAAAAGACAAGUUUUAUCUAAUAUUGCUCAAAUGUUUGAUCCAAUGGGUUGGAUUGCACCAGUAAUCAUUGUUGCUAAAUUAUUUAUUCAAAAAAUAUGGAAGGCGCAUUUAGAUUGGGAUGAUGCAUUACCUGAAGAUUUGAACGAAAUUUGGCUUAACAUACGACAGCAAUGCAAGGAAAUUCAACGAGUAGAAAUACCAAGGUGGAUUUGUUGCACUAGUCAAAGUCAUGUUGAACUACAUGUCUUCUCAGACGCAUCAAGAUCUGCUUAUGCUGCUGCAGUUUUUAUGAGAGUCAUCAAUCACGAUGAAUCUAUACAUGUCAGGUUAGUAUCAGCUAAAACAAAAGUAGCACCUAUAGAGAAGGAAGUUUCUAUACCUCGUUUAGAGUUAUGUGGGGCUGUGCUUGCUGCGAAACUUGUGAACGAAGUAUCUCAAGUGAUGAAGGUAUGCAAAGAUAACAUUUACGGAUGGACUGAUUCUACAAUCGUUUUGGCAUGGCUGAAGGGCGGUGCAAGCAAAUGGACAACAUUCGUAAGCAAUCGGGUAUCAGAGAUUUUAACUAUUAUGGAUUAUGAUCAAUGGGGUCAUGUUUCUACCGAAGCCAAUCCUUCUGAUUGUGCAUCUAGAGGUUUGACUCCAACAGAAUUACUUUCACAUUCACUAUGGUGGUACGGACCGGAAUGGUUGAAGAACAGAAAUAUUGAAAUGAAAAAUCCAGAGAUAGUAGAUACAGAUGAAGAAAGAAGACAAGUAUCAUUAAUAGUAAAACAAGAUAAAUGUGAAGAUUUUGAAUGGUUAAAAUUUUCUAAUUUGACUAAAAUGCUAAAGGUUAUUUCUUAUUGUCGAAGAAUAUUACUGAAGAAGGAAGAAAGGAAAAUUUUACCGAAGUUUGUAACAGUAAAUGAAAUGAAUGAAACAUUAGAAAAAUGUAUUAAACAGGUUCAAGGGAUUGCGUUUGAAGAAGAGAUCAAGGUUUUAGAGAAUAAAAAGGAUAUACCGAAGAGAAGUCCCCUUCGUACUCUUUGUCCCAUUUUAGAUCGAAAUGGAAUAUUAAGAGUCGGUGGUCGGAUUGAUAAGGCUCACGCAAACCAUAACACGAAGCACCCGAUAAUUAUGCCAGCUAAGUCUCAUCUUACCCAGUUGUUAAUAUCGGAUGCUCACGAAAAAACUUUGCACGGUGGACCGCAAAUCAUGAUAAAUUACAUUCGGACAAAAUAUUGGAUAGUACGCUGUAGGGAUCUAGUAAAACAACAUUAUAGGAAGUGCCUCACGUGCUUACGAUAUUCGAAAGCAUCGAGAGUGCAGUUAAUGGGACAGCUUCCAGAUACUAGACUGAAGCCUUGCAAGCCAUUUACGGCAACCGGUGUUGAUUAUGCAGGCCCAGUCAAUAUUAAGUUUUCUCCAGGUCGAGGGGCAAAGUCUUAUAAAGGCUACAUUUGUCUUUUCGUCUGUAUGGUCACAAGGGCUAUACACAUUGAGGCUGUAACAGAUUUAACCGCUAAGGGAUUUAUCGCCGCUUUUAGACGCUUCACGUCUAGACGUGGACGUUGCCAGGAUUUGUUCAGUGAUAAUGGCACAAACUUUGUUGGUGCGGACAAACAUUUACGAGAAAUGUUUGACUCUGCUAAAUCCAGUUUACCUAAUGAAAUUGCGGAACUUCUUACAUUGGAAUUUACGACGUGGCAUUUUAUACCGCCGCAAUCACCUAAUUUUGGAGGGAUAUGGGAGGCCGGAGUGCGUUGUGCUAAGAACCAUUUGAAACGGGUCAUAGGUGACAGCAUUUUAACGUAUGAGGAAUUAGCUACAGUACUAUCACAGAUCGAAGCAUGUCUUAAUUCUAGGCCAAUUUCUGUUAUUAGUAGUGACGCAGAUGACCCUCUCCCACUGACCCCAGGUCAUUUUUUAAUAGGUGAACCGGUUAUAAAUAUAAGUGAUCGUAAUUAUGAUGAUUGUAAUGUAAAUAAAUUAGAAAGAUGGAAUGUUAUUCAAAAAAUGGUUAAUAAUUUUUGGCGUAGAUGGUCUAAAGAAUAUUUGGUUACUUUAAAUCAGAGGUAUAAAUGGAAUUCGAAAUUAGAAGAACCUAAUAUUAAUGAUAUUUGUAUAAUUAGAGAUGAUAACGUUCCACCUUCUAAAUGGAUUUUAGGAAAAAUUGUAAACAAACAUAUUGGAUCAGAUAAUAUAACUCGUGUUGUAACAAUUAAGUGUAAGAAUGGAUAUUUAAAACGACCGUUAAGUAAAAUUAGUAUUUUGCCUAAAUAA